AACACAAUCUAAUAUUUUUAUGCAGGUGCUGGACCUUUGGAUGCAGUCACUAACAUUGUUGGAGGUGUCUUAGGCGGAGGUGCUGGUGGCUCUCCACUGGACGCUGUGACUGGUCUCGCAAAAGGUGGCGUAGUGCCCUUGGAUAGCAUGACAGGUAUAUUGAAAGGAGUUGGACUGGAUGGAGUUACUGGUAUCCUCAAAGGUGGAUCAAAAGGUGAUACUGGAUCAAAAGGUGCUUCUACAGAUAUAGUAAGCUCAUUACUCGGUACAGUCGGUAAUUUAUUAGGCGGCGGCUGUGUCGAUGGAGGAAUUCUUCAAACUGUGUUCGAUUUACUCAAUAACUUACUUGGAGGAUGUGCCACGGGCGGAUCAGGAAAUCAGCUCGGUAAUAUCAUCCGUGAUUUGAUAGCCACAGUUAAUCGGAUCAUUAACAUUCUCGGCGGCUUUCGAAAUUGCGAUGCAUUCCAAGCAAUUGGUAGUUUACUGUGCACGUUGGCAGAAGUAUUAAGCAAUAUUGAAGAUUUGUGUGACGAUUUAGAAGGCAUUCUGCUGACAAUCGUAUUGACAAAUUUUAGACUGUACCUUUCUAUCCUUGAAGUGGUAGAAUGUAUUGUAAAAACAUUGGCUAGGCUUCUAAAGACUCAAAGAAUUACAACUGGACUGUGCAACGCUGUAUCUCACGCGACAACUGGUUUGUCACUGGCUAUAAACUCUGUUUUAUACGGUGUGCAGUCGAUUUCUUGUCUAUUCGCGAAUCCACCAUCAAAUCUAUUACAACGGAUAAUCCAAAUUCUUGGAAGCUCAAUCUCCUGUGCAUUGGUAGUACUUCAGGGUGGUGUAUCAUUUUCACUCCAGGAUGUGGCCCAAAUUUUGAGGCAAAAUUCAGUUGCCGCGAUUGUGGAUGAUCUAUUCGAAUGCAUUUCGGCGAGUCUCGGUUGCCUUUUGGACAAUGUAACUGGGCCAAUUCUCGGAUUACUUGGACCGCUUGCCAUAUUGCCAACACCGUUCAAUCUAAUUUGUUCGUUGAUCAACAACCUCCUACCCAGCUUGAUCUGUCUUUUGAAUGCUGGAUCACCGAACUUCUUAACCAUAAUGUAAUCCAACGCAUUCGAGGAUGUUUCAAGAGCUUCCCAUUUGAUGAUGACCAUUCGCAGCUUCAACCAUUUUUUUUUACUUAUUUUUUUUUCCAUCUAGACAUUUAAGAUGCAUCACAAAUGGCACAAAUAUUUGUGGUUAUCUCUUGUAUUGUGACAAUCAUUCGUUGCCUGAGCUCAAAUUCAACACUUUCAAAUGAUCCGAACUCGAACAACUUCAAUACAUAAAGAGAUGCCACUUCGUAUUUGCAGUAUUUGUGUCAUUAUUACCAUUAGAUUUAAGUAUUAAAUUCAAUCAAUAGCCCAGUUCUUUGCACAAUUGCUAACACACAUAUUUUACAUGCAUAUUUCACUUUUAUAAACGAUUUGCUGUUUUUCUUUUUAUUUCGAUUUUUCUUCUUCAAAAUAAAUACUUUUUUCAACAGCAAUAAAAA